AGUAUCACAUGAAUAUCAGAAGCAGAUGCGCAGGCGCGGGCCUCCGCCGGUUUGUUACAUGUUAACCUGGCGUCAGUUUCGCUACAGUGGCGAAUGAAUAGGAGCGAAUCUGCCGCUGAGGAAGCAGCUUACAUCAUGACUUCUGCGAAUCAAGAUCAUGUUGCAGAGUGGAUACAGAGAGUGUUUUUCCACUUGUCAGGAAGAGCAGAACUAGAGGCCAAGAUCGCCUCCAAGAAAUCCAGUGAUGAAUUUGGAAGAAACUUGGUGAGAAUGUGGAACUUGCUCCCAGAGGGAGGUUCCAUCACUUGAACGUCUUGAAGCUGGGGGAAAUAAAAUCCUUUUUCGCUGAAACCAUGGUCUGCGUACGUCAGCAGAUUGGCGAUGGAUGUUCCUGGGUGGUCAGUGCCUGAACAUGGAGCUGUUCCCUGCCAUGCCCACAGUGCAAAGAACUCUCCACUUUUGUGGUGUUCGAGACUGUGAAAGUUGCAGGACAUUUGUGAAGUGGGACGAGGCAAUUUUAAUUCUGCACUUUGUCUCCAGCAAGAUCUAGACGUCUGGUUGUGAUGGAGAAGCCCCAGCCCAAUCUGUUUUUCCACAAGAAAAGGUCCCAGCUGUUGCUACUGAACUCACUGACGUGUGGGCUGGAGAUCUGUGUGGCAGCUGGAAUCACCUUUGUCCCCCCACUGCUCCUUGAAGCCGGAGUCCAGGAGAAGUAUAUGACCAUGGUCUUAGGAAUUGGGCCGGUCCUAGGACUGAUAUUUGUUCCCAUGAUUGGGUCAGCCAGCGACCACUGGACAAGUAGGUAUGGCCGCCGACGCCCUUUCAUUUGGGGCCUCUGCCUUGGUGUCCUCCUGAGUCUUUUUAUCAUCCCGCACGCCAGCAGGCUGGCCACUGCUUUCAGUAUGAAAGACUACCCGGUGGAUGUCAUCUUGCUCAUCGUGGGGAUCUGCAUGUUAGACUUCUGCGGCCAAGUCUGCUUCACUCCCCUGGAGGCUCUGCUCUCUGACCUGUUCCAUGACACUGAGGAAUGCAGGCAGGCUUUCUCCAUGUAUUCCUUCAUGAUCAGCCUGGGGGGUUGCAUUGGAUACCUCUUGACAGCAAUAGACUGGAGAAAGACCUUCCUGUCCACCUACCUUGGCGGGCAUGAGGAUUGCCUCUUCACGCUUCUGGCUGCCAUAUUUAUCGUGUGCAUUCUCGCCACCUUCUUUGUCUCCGAAGAGAACUCUAGUAAUGCGGAAGGGCUGGUGGACAUCUCACCAAAGGAAGUCAUGAAGCCUUUGGCAAGGUACUGUUACUGCACCACGAGUACACUGUGGCGUGUACGACACUCCCUCCUUGUACUGAAGAACUGUUGCACUUUGAUCCCCAAGCUGUACCACUUGUACUGCCGCAUUCCCAAGGUGACCCGUCAGCUGGUUGUGGCCGAGUUCUACAGCUGGAUGGCCCUCAUGACCUUCAUGAUGUUCUACACGGACUUUGUGGGGGAAGGGCUCUACCAGGGUAUCCCCAAUGCCGACCCCGGCAGUGAAGCCAGACUGCGCUACGAUGAAGGUGUUCGGAUGGGCAGUAUCGGUCUUUUCCUGCAGUGUGCGUUCUCAAUCUUCUGCUCCACAAUCAUGGACAAGCUGGUGACGAGAUUUGGAACCAAAGCUGUGUACCUCGCCAGCAUUGCCUUCUUCACGGUUUCUGCCACCAUCAUGUGCCUUUCGAAGAGUGUGGUCCUGGUGACAGCCAUGUCUGCAUUAACAGGCUUUACAUAUUCCACGCUGCAGAUUCUGCCCUACACGUUAAACUCCCUUUAUCAUAAGGAAAAACAGGUAUUUUUUUGCAAGCACAAGUUUACUGAGCUCGAAGAUGCUAAUUGCCAAGUGGACAUAAAGUUAUCUUCACCAAACGGAAUCUUGAAUCACAAGUCAUACAAUCAAAAUGGAAAUGUGAUCACAGCCACUCCUCUGUUGACAGCCAAAGGGCCUCUGCCUGACAGAAGCACAGGUCCGCAGAGCCGUAGCUCUCCGUGUGAGGUCAUGGUGCCUGCCGACAUUGAACAGGCCACAAUGGGAAGAGGGAUUUGUCUUGACCUAGCCAUUCUGGAUAGUGCCUUCCUUCUCUCUCAGGUCAUUCCCUCCCUGCUCAUGGGCACAAUUGUUCAGUUUACACAGACAGUAACUGCUUACAUGAUCUCUGCUGCCACCUUUGGGACAGUGGCUAUUUAUUUUGCAACCAAAAUAGUUUUUGAUAAAAAUGAUUUAGAAAAGUAUUUAGUGUGAUGUAAUGAAGGGAUGAUGUCUUUCAGCUCUGGGUGGUCUAACAGUUGGAGGUGAGUGAUAUUGAGUUUGGCCACAAUGUUAUCAGCACAGCAAUUAUCAGCUCAAACCAGAAUGCAGGGUUAACCGUGUAUAAUUGGAGCAGAGCUGAUUUGCACACACUAUUAAAACUCCAUCUGAUUUUGAAUCUAGUCCAUUGACUGGACGUGGUUCAGUUUUCAUGUACUGUUGAUGUACGGACAUCUGUGGCUGAUCUAAUGUUUAACCAUUCAUCUUUGUAAAACCAUUUUAUAUAACAAGUUGGGCUUUAAAGCCUUUUAAGCUGCUGAUUCUUAUGUUUACUAGAAGAUCCAAAUAUCUGAUGGGUAAUGUGGCUCCUCCUGGAACCCGUAGGUAAAAUUUGAACCUAUAAUCACAUUUGAGAUUGUACCAAAAUGCGUUCUGAAAAUUUGAUUCAUCUGCAGAAGGAAUGAAGAGCAACCAGGCAGACUCCAGCUCCAUCAUUAUAAUGAGGAAGGGCGUUGGGUCAAUUAAACCCACUCUCACGUACCUGACUCCUCCUCCUGCAGGGUGAAACUUGACCAAGUGCAAUAAUAAUCCCUCCUUGUAGCUUCUAAGACCAGCCAUGAGAACAGGUGUCAAUGAAUGUGGUACGAGAUAUAAUUGCUCAGCAGAUACAUCUGCAGUUGGGUUUUUAUGGCCAGCAAGGCAGAGGCAUUAUCUUUGUGGACUGAAAUAAUUUUAUGUUUCAAGUUGGUUUAAAUCCAAUUUAUCGAAAUCCACUCACUCCUUGUGCUCAACCUGUUGGCUGAAGUGAAGGUCUUGUUUGCAUUAGCAGUGGGUUUUUUUUUGUCCACAAUUAACAAACUAUUCGAUAUGAUGUCCCAUUGAGGACACGGGCUUCAUUCUGUAGCAACUGCCGGUGAUGCAGCAAUUUUUGAUGCGCUGACCUACCUAAAAGGGAGUGGGAGAAUGGCCUCUGUCGUAGACCUUUGUAGGUUUGGUCUGAGUAAUGGGACUUGGGAGCUGCACUCAGGACUGCACCUCCUUUCCUUCCCCAGGCAAGGAUCUGGGGAGAAGAUAUCUGGAAGGUGGAAAGCAGGAAGGAAGAAAAAUCAACAUUUUUGCUUCCAGACCCAAAUCUGACUUUUAUGUUACUUGCAAUUAAAUAUUAGGUCUCGUUUGUACUGAGGGCAGAGUUUUCACAAUGAAAAACUAGAUGGGAGAUAAUGAGAUAAGUAUUGAUUGUAGUGGAUCUUCUCUAUUUGUGUGUCAAACGUUCCUAAUGUUGAUUAUUUACCCCUCAUGCCACAUCCAGAAGAGCUGAUGUUUAAACAUCUACAACCUUGAGAGGAAUUCAUCGCCAGUAACAUGUGCCUUGCUAGUCGUUCAUUCAGCUAUUAAAAUGACACCUGUGGGUAUUGACAUCAUUAAGCUCUACACUAUUCAGAUGUUGGUACAUUAUGAGGUUAGAAACCCAGCUUUGGAAGUUUAAUAUUACUCCCAACCUUUCACUCAGUGUUGAUUUCAGUGGUUCAGGUUGGACUCUGAUGUGGACAUCUACCCUGGUCCAAUUGCCUUGCAAGUUGCUGCUCUAAAAUAUUUUGUAAUACAUCCUUAAGUUUCUAAGAAAUCAAAGUUUGAUACAUCUGACCGACAUUUUUAACAAAAUCUUUCCAAUUAUUAUUGAAAUUAUUCCCAUUCUUUGCCUUCCAAAGGUAUUUGUUCCCCGUACUCCAGAGAUCCCACAUACUUUGGUCUCUGGUUGAGAGGCCACACACUUCUUUAAUCAGAUACAAUGGAGUACUGUAGUGCAUCUUGUUCCCCAGUUACAUUUACUUCAUCUAAACUUGGCAGUUCAAUAAUAGCAGAAGCAGGUAUUUUUAAACGAGGAGUCUCCCACACCAAAGGUGUGCCCAUUGAAGACUUGUCCAAUCUGUUUCCAUGGCCCUUAUCAUCAGUCACUUUCCUCAUGUCACCAUGACGGCAACCACUACAGUGUCGUCUUGCCCGCUUCAUGAUCUUCCCCAACCUAGCCAGCCAUUAUUCUGAGCCCCAUAAUUCUAGUUCAUGCAACUGCAUGACUUCAGAAUGACUGGCAAGUAGGCCAGCUGCUGUGUUAGCUGAGGAAUGGUUUUUAAGUGGGUGAAGAGCCUGUCAGACAUGAAACAAGAUGAGUUUCACUUCCUCUUUGGUGUAAGUGCAAACUUGCGAUAAUCUAAAUACUUCAGGCAAAAGAACUCCUUCCAUUAAUGCUGAGAAGUAGUAACGUGGAGGUUCCUUCACAUCUCAACAAUGUUCCUUGCAACAAAUUUCCAGCGGGAAUAAUGUCUUCACUCAGCCACUUGGGAAUUCGUUGUCCUGGUCCAACUAUGGAGAUUUGCUGCUGAUACUGGUUUCCCAUUCUGCCUGCAAAUUGGGUUGUUACAAAUCAGCAGUGUGCUCUUCUGCAUCUGUGUGUUGGUGUCCAUAUCACUCACCUCUUGCUGUCUUGUGUCUGUCGAUUGCUAAAUUAUAGAAUUGUAUAAUUCAUCUGGGGAAGAAAGGUAUAUUAUUUUUGGUAGAAUUAAUAAUUUUGCCUUAAAAAUCUAUUUUUGUUAAAAUUGUUGACCUGGCAACUGUUUUAAAGAUCUAUGAAUACUGUAUUUAUAUUGUAGAGAUAUUUUGUACAGUGACAAUUUAUAUCCCAUAUAUAAAGGAACAGGAGUCCACAGGAAAAUGGAAACUGCUGUACUUUUCUCCAUCAUGUUCCAGGUGAUGGUUUGAGAAAUGGCUUUUUCAUUGGGAGCAACGUCUUAGACAGCAAGUGAAUGAAGGCUUUGAAGCAAAAGCAAAAGUUCCUGAAGUUUACAGUACAGAAAAAGGCCCUCUACUUAUUGUGCCUCUGGCAGCUCCCUGCUAGACUAGUUCAUUCCACUCUCCUGGUUGGCAUUCAUAGACUCGUUUCUUCAUCAACUUAAUCAGUUUUCCACUUUAAGGAUGCAAUGGCCUUUAUCUCAACUAUUCCCCAUACCACGGUCAGAAUAACCUUUCCCAAAGUGCUCUAUCAAAAUGCAACUAGUCCUCUUACCUUACGACCCCACUUCUUUGAUCUCUUGUUACAAAAGUUCUUAUCACUUUAAAACGCUUCACUGCCUCUUUCACCCCAAUGCUGGUGUGAAUUGCACAACUAUCAAACCAGUGCACAAGUUGCAUUGAAUAUUUAAUGUAUGUGCAUAAGCUGUGAGCUAUCCAGCAUUGGUGUUGGUAAAGAGGCUGACUUCAUGGAUGUCCGACAGCAGUGCAAAAAUAGUUACAUGUGAUUCUGGGACCAAUUUGAGGUGAGAUUGUCCAUGGUGACAGUUCGGUAUUCUGGAAUAAUACUGCAAUUUACAGUCACACUUUCAAAAAUGCAAUACAAGGUGGGACCAAAAGCCUUUUAAACUUCUCACCCUGUUAUCUUGCUUACUUUUUCCUUUCUCAUGGUAUUAUCCUAACUCUCCAUCAAUGUCACCAACUCUUAAGUGCACUGGGAGCGAACUUCACCUUUUGAUUAAUGGUGCUAAGUGCUCACAGGAAUAUCAACAAGUGGUACACACCUUCUAAUAUUUGUUCUAUUGAAGUCUAUGCACUUGGGUACUUAGGGCUAACAGCCAAAGAUGAAUUUUUUCCCACUGGUAUUUGUACUCUCCCACUCUCUUCCCCUCACCAUUACAACCUAUAUAUGUGUGCUAAAAUCAGCAAUCAAUUUUGUUUUAGGCUGAGUGAUUUGGUGAAGCAGGCAGGAAGUGUUUGGCAGAGUUUUCAGAGCACAACUUCCUCCUCCACUGUAUGUGAACAAGUGAUGUUGUAACCUAUGCAUGUUAGACUCCGCUUUCUACAAUCAGUUCUAUUUGCACCAUUCCAUUGGGCUCCCUUGAUGCCGGACGUGGAGCACUGUGUGCAUCCCUCACUUGUUUACAACAUAUAACAUUGGGUGCUGUUCUCCCCAUCUCCAGGGCUUCAGGAAUGUCACUUCUUCUUCCUGUUAGCGCCUUUAAAAUAUUAACUCGAUGAGCUUUGGUUUGAUUGAUAUUGGUCCCUUUUCCCCUCUCCCCUUCCAUCACGGCACAGAUGGUUGCUCUGUGGUGUCUUCCCCAGCUUAGCCAUUCCUCAACCCGUCACGGGCUAUGCUGGGUUAGAACACCAAAGCCACUUCCAGCUUCUGCAGCAGAGACUGGCUAACAUUGUGGUCUUGAAGGAAUUUUGCCAACCAAUGUCCAAUCCUUUCCUUUCCAGAUCAAAUACAGGCCUUGUGUUACAACCUCUGCUAAAUAUUUUCCUCGUAAUGCUGCUUCUUGUACACCAAGGCCAGUCACAGGUCGUCAUUAGUGACCCAACCAGUGGAGUCUCAGUUUCAGGUUUAAUAUCUAUUUUAUUAUUAGUUUUGGGAAUCUUUUAGCAAGGGAGUGGGGUGUUAGAGUGAGGGCCUUGGUUGGAGACCGUUAUCUAAGGUAUUAUGGGGAGGAGGGUUGGUUGUGGAGUGUACCUGGUGGACCCUGAGAGUAAGGAGGACAUGGGAUCUACCUGUGUGACCAAGGGACAGCAAUGCUUAGGAAGAGUGAAGGAAGUUGCAGGUUUGACCUAUUCAAGUUGGACUUCAGCAAAGCUGAAGUGUUGGGGAUGGUCUCAGCAGUCUGGCUAAAGUGCUCAGGAUUGGGAGUAGCAGGGCAGUUUGAAGGGGGAAGAGGGGUAAUUAUCCAGAUAAAGGAAGAUGUAUGUUAUUUUCUCAGCAAUCUUAUUGUACUGUUGUUUUGUGAUUUGCAUGGGUCAUUUGAUAAAACCUAAUGGCUCACUGUCAUCAUUCAAUAUUACAAAUAAGUUUAAUAUAUAAAUUAUAGGUUGCUUUAAUUUUGACGAAGAGGCACUUUUAUGGAAAUCAAAGUGUUAAGUUCACAAAGACUCUUGCUAGUUCAACUGCAAUUAAUAUAUUUUGAUAUUUAUUCAGUGAGUCCGGGUACAACCUGAGUAAUGCUCAACACUAAAACUUCGAGAUUGGGAGUAUUCUGGGCAUCUUUGUAUUUUGAUCUCUUUGCCAAUCAAAGUAGCUCAGCCCACUGUGUGCUAGUUGGGGGAAGUUUGAUAGAUGCAGUCACCUCAGAUUUAAUCUUUCUUUCAUAAGUAAACUUCAAAACCUGUUGAAAUGUUGGAUAUUUUUUAUGUCAUUGUUGUCUAUUAUCAGAUAGGGUUUAAGAUUAGGUUAAAAAAUUGGAGAUCCGAGUAUUCUCAAAUAUUUCAUGAUUAUUCAUUGAGAAGGUCCAGUGACAAAAGGCCUUGGGCAGUACUGAAAACCUGGGAGAUGGUGCUCAGGAUUGGGAGGGGCAGUGUGAAGGGGGAAGAGGGCUAAUUAUCCAGAUAAAGGAAGAUGUAUGCACUCCUUAGCAACUGUUGGAUGUUCCCCCAGGAUGCCUGCACAAUAAUUAGUUUGUGCCUAGGUUUCUCCUAUGCUAUUGCAGAUGAGAAAUACCUAAUAAGAUGACAAUCCCUGCAAGUCAAUCUCUCUCUCUCUCUAUUUCUGAAAAUAAAAAAUAAAAUCCUGCAGAUGCUGGAGAACUGAAACAAAAACUGGAAAUUCUGGAAACGCCCAGCAGAUCAGACAGCACCUGUGGAGAGAAACAUUUCAGAUUUGAAGACCCUGUCCUCCUCUCCCUCUGUCUCUGUCUUUCUCUCUGUUUCUCUGUCUCUCUCUGCCAUUCUGAAUCCACCUCUCUGUCUCCGUCUCUCUCUGUGUCCAUCUCUCUCUCUCGUCUCUCUCUCCCUCUCUCUCUCCUCUCUGUCUCUCUCGCCCUCUCUCAGUGUCUCUCCCCCCUCGCUCUGUUUUUGUCUCCAUCUGUCUGUCGCUCUCACUGUGAUCCUAUGAUACUCUCACUUCUCUCUUUAUCCCUACCCAUCCUCAACACUUCCCUUAUGAAGAUCAUGAGCUGAUCUGAGAAGCUAAAUCCACGUCCCUCCACUCUGUCUGUUUCCUGUAUCAGUGCUCAGUUUCAAUAUGCCAAGUUGAAAGUCUGACAAGAUAUGAUCCUUUGUUUAAGACGCUUUGUGUGGUGUUAUAUGGUACCAAGCAGCAGACAAACCACGUGUCAGAGCUGAUGCUCUCUCUGUAACUUUCAAUAAGGUGUCACCCACGUCUUGUAUAAUUUAUCCAAUGAAAUAAACAUUCUUGGACUUCA